GUAGCACAGACCGGCUAGCCAAGCUACGCACUUUAGAGACACAACAGUUUAUUUGCAGACACAGGAGCAGCAAGCCGGACUGUUUGUAUGGUUCUUUUUGGUAGUUAAAUAGACAAAUUAUUUGUUUUAUUAGUACUGUUAUAGUCGUUGCACACAUAUAUUGAACAACAGACAUGGCUUUUAACGCAAUCAGCAGAUCUCGUGGCGCCUUUGGUGCUUUUAUAGGGCAACUGCAGAGAUCCACGUCGAAUUCGGAAAGAUGGAGGAUGUUGUGCACUAAACCACAUCAGGAGGCAUGUGUGCCAACACAAGCACAAAAGGCAGGGUUUAAAAUGCCUGGCUACCGACCAUCCGAGAUGGAUAAGAAGAUUCUUGUGUGGUCCGGACGCUUCAAAUCCAAGGAGCAGAUCCCAGAGCAUGUGUCAUUUGAGAUGAUUGAUGCAGCCAGGAACAAACUGCGGAUUAGGGCCUGCUAUGUCAUGAUAGGUUUGACUAUUGGAGGUUGCAUCUGGAUGGUCAUCCUGGGAAAACAGGCUGCUGGUCGCCAUGACAACCUGACCAGCAGGAACAUGGAGAAGAAGGCCCGGUUGAGACAAGAGAAGAAGGAGCUGGAGUUAGAAGGAUCUCUGAUGGAGAAAUAAACGCAAUGAGGCGUCUCCAUCCCUAAACAGGAACCCUAAGACUCACGCUUUUCAACAGCAUCACAUCGUCAUCGAAUAAUUACAUGGUAGUGCAAAGAAGUUCCUGCACUGUUAAAUAGAUAUAUACACUAUUUAGAAAGUGUUUAUCACCUGCUUCGGUAUUUGUGAACAUAUUUUCUAUAUUAUAUAUAGAGAGAUAUUUGGGUUGAAAAAAUUAAAUAAGAAUUGAUGUCAUCAGUGUCGCUUCUCUCUCUUUAAAAUCAGGGAUUAACCAAUUGAAAAGUUUUAUUCUUAUAUCUAAUGAACUUUCACGUUCUUGUAAGCAUGUUUUUUUUUUUUUUUUUUGUUUUUUACAAGCCAAUACAGGGGAUAAGGCUACAAGCUUAGACUGUGUUUUCUAUAUGAACACUUGAAAUAAUAAAUUAAUCUAUAAUGUUUUGGACCAAUGGAUUAGUAUCUGAUUAAAAAUAUAUUUUUAAAAUGUGCCAUGAAUACACAGUCCUAGGGUCAUUUCUGCCCACGUUUCCUGUCUCUACAGCACCCCUUUUAUUUGUUUAUCUUCUGAUAUAAAACAAGUAUCAUAUCAGACUGAUAGCCAGAACUUUAUAAUCAUAAUUAUCAUUAAAUGAAUUAUGCCAAUCUUC